GAGCCGGUGCGGGAGCGCAGCCGCGAGGAGCCGAAGCAGCACGCGGGAGCGCGGCCUCGCAGCUGGCCGGCCCCAGCGAGCAACGCCGAGGGUGACCCGGCCCCAAAGCGCCGACCCUGGCCCUGAGAGCGACCCUGGACCCAGCGCGGACUCCGGGCCGGAGCGCGGAUCCCGGCCCUGAGUGCGGCCUCGCCCGCCCCGGCCGCCCGGCCGCGGGCAUGGACGGCGCCGGUUCACCCUAGAUGGACGGCGAUGGCGGCCGCCGAGACGCCCCCGGCGCACUGAUGGAGGCCGGGCGCGGUGCGGGGCCCGCGGGCAUGGCGGAGCCGGCGGCGGUGCCGCGGGCGCGGGCGGCGCGGCCCGGGCCCCAGCGCUUCCUGCGGCGCAGCGUGGUGGAGUCGGACCAGGAGGAGCCGCCGGGCCUGGAGGCGGCCGAGGCGCCGGGGGCGCAGCCCCCGCAGCCGCUGCAGCGCAGGGUGCUCCUGCUCUGCAAGACGCGCCGCCUCAUCGCAGAGCGCGCCCGCGGCCGCCCGGCCGCCCCCGCUCCUGUCGCUCCUGCCGCGUCGCCGGGAGCCCUUGCUGAUCCCGGGCCCGAGCCCCCGGGCUCGCAGGAGCCUGGCCCGGACCCGGUGCCCGCGCCCGCCCCCGACGGCGGUCCCCGGGAGGAGGAGGCAGCAUCUGCGAGGAAGGAGGACGCGGAGGCGCCCGAGGUGAGGCCCGAGCUCGGGCGCGCACGCCGGGAGGAGCCCGAGGAGGAGGAGGACGACGAGGACGACCUCAAGGCUGUGGCCACCUCCCUGGACGGCCGCUUCCUCAAGUUCGACAUUGAACUUGGCCGCGGCUCCUUCAAGACAGUCUACAAGGGGCUGGACACGGAGACCUGGGUGGAGGUGGCCUGGUGCGAGCUGCAGGACCGGAAGCUCACCAAGCUGGAGAGGCAGCGCUUCAAGGAGGAGGCCGAGAUGCUGAAGGGGCUGCAGCACCCCAACAUCGUGCGCUUCUAUGACUUCUGGGAGUCCAGUGCCAGGGGGAAGCGGUGCAUCGUGCUGGUGACCGAGCUGAUGACCUCGGGGACACUGAAGACGUACCUGAAGCGGUUCAAGGUGAUGAAGCCCAAGGUCCUGCGCAGCUGGUGCCGGCAGAUCCUGAAGGGCCUGCUGUUCCUGCACACCAGGACGCCCCCCAUCAUCCACCGGGACCUCAAGUGUGACAACAUCUUCAUCACCGGGCCCACAGGUUCUGUGAAGAUCGGCGACUUGGGCCUGGCCACCCUCAAGAGAGCAUCCUUUGCCAAGAGUGUCAUAGGCACCCCCGAGUUCAUGGCGCCGGAGAUGUAUGAGGAGCACUACGAUGAGUCUGUGGAUGUGUACGCCUUCGGGAUGUGCAUGCUCGAGAUGGCCACCUCAGAGUACCCCUACUCCGAGUGCCAGAAUGCUGCCCAGAUCUACAGGAAGGUCACCUGUGGCAUCAAGCCGGCCAGCUUCGAGAAAGUGCACGACCCUGAAAUCAAGGAGAUCAUCGGAGAAUGUAUCUGCAAAAACAAGGAGGAGAGGUACGAGAUCAAGGACCUGCUCAGCCACGCCUUCUUUGCGGAGGACACGGGCGUGAGGGUGGAGCUGGCGGAGGAGGACCACGGCAGGAAGUCCACCAUCGCCCUGCGGCUCUGGGUCGAGGACCCCAAGAAACUGAAGGGCAAGCCCAAGGACAGCGGGGCCAUAGAGUUCGCCUUCGACCUGGAGAGGGAGACCCCAGAUGACGUGGCUCAGGAAAUGAUUGAGUCAGGAUUCUUCCACGAGAGUGACUUGAAGAUUGUGGCCAAGUCCAUCCGUGACCGCGUGGCAUUGAUCCAGUGGCGGCGGAAGAGGAUCUGGCCAGCUCUGCAGCCCCAGGAGCAGCGGGACCCUGGAAGCCCUGACAAGGCCAAGGGCCCGGCCACGCCCCUGCAGGUCCAGGUGACCUACCACUCACAGGCCGGGCCGCUGGAGCCCGAGGAGCCCGAGGCCGACCAGCACCUCCUCCCCACUGCGCUGCCGGCCAGCGCCACCUCCCUGGCCUCGGACAGCACAUUCGACAGUGGCCAGGGAUCCACGGUGUAUUCGGACUCACAAAGCAGCCAGCAGAGCGUGGUGCUGGGCUCGCUGGCGGAUGGAGCCCCGCCCCCCAGCCAGUGUGUGUGCAGCCCCCCCGUGAGCGUGAGUGACGGGCCUGUCCUGCCGCACGGCCUGCCCUCCCUGGGGGCCUACCAGCCUCCUGCGCCUGGCCUGUCGGUGGGUUCUGUCCCACCCCCCACACACCCUUCGCUCCCACAGCAGCAUUUCCCAGAGACGGCCAUGAGCUUUGCCCCUGUGCCUACGGGCCCAGGCCAGCCCACACCCGCUGGCCACCAGCCUCCUCUGCUGGCCCAGCCGGUAUCGCUGCCACAGGUCCUGGCCCCACAAGCCGUGGCCCCUCUCCAGCCAGUGCCCCCUCACCUGCCUCCAUACCUGGCUCCAGCCUCCCAGGUGGUGGCCCCUGCUCAGCUGAAGCCGCUCCAGAUGCCGCCGGUGCCCCUGCAGCCAAUUGCUCAAGUCCCUCCACAGAUGCCUCCGCUUCCUGUGGUCCCCCCCAUCGCUCCACUGGCCACCGUCGACAGCCUCCCCGCAGCCCUCCCUGACCUGCCAGCCACCAGUGGGCCCACCGUGCCUCCUCCCUCUCAGUAUUUCUCCCCGGCUGUCAUCUUGCCAAGCCUCCCACUCAACGCGGCCACUGCCCCGCUGCCCGUGUCGCCGGCCCUGCCUCUGCAGGCGGUUAAGCUGCCCCACCCUCCUGGGGCGCCGCUGUCCGUGCCCUGCCGGACCAUAGUGCCAAACGUGGCGGCCACCGCCACCACCAUCCCUCUGCUGGCCGUGGCCCCGCAGGGCGUGGCUGCCCUGUCCAUUCACCCCAGCGUGGCUCAGCUCCCAUCCCAGCCCGGGUACCCGGCAGCCUUCCCACAGAUGAUGCCCAGCGAGGUCCCGCCUUCUCCUCUCCACGCAGCACAGACUGUGCGGGCUGCCCCUCCGCAGACGGCACCCCCCAUUCUGCCGCAACCCCACCAGCCAAGUGUCGCCCGCCUUCCGGAGCAGGCUCCUCCGGCCGCCGGCGCUGGGAGCCAGAUCCUGCUUGGCCACCCGCCUCCGUACGCCGUGGAUGUCACCACCCAGGUCGCCAGCCAGGUCCCCACGGUGCCUGCGCCCGCCGCCGUUCUCUCCCCACCUCUGCCGGAAGUGCGGCCGCCCGCCGCCCCCGAGCUCCUGCCUCAGCUCCCCGGCUCCCUGGUCCCCACGGUGGUGGCGGCUGCUCACAGCUUGCCUGGCCAGACCGCUGCGCUGCUGCCGCCUGCUAGCCUGCCACUCUCCGGCGGGCCUGGGGUCCCUGGCCCCCGCCCGGCCGUUCAGCUGACUGUGGAGCCGGCUGCGGAGGAGCAGGCCUCGCAGGACAAGCAGCCCAGCCUCCCUCAGAGCUGUGAGAGCUACGGAGGUUCCGACGUCACUUCUGGAAGAGAGAUGAGCGACAGCUGUGAAGGUGCAUUUGGUGGGGGGAAGCAGGAAGGCAAGACCGCCCGGAAACAUCACCGCAGGUCCACCCGUGCGCGUUCCCGCCAGGAGAGGGCCAGCCGGCCCCGGCUGACCAUCCUGAAUGUGUGCAACACGGGUGACAAGAUGGUGGAGUGCCAGCUGGAGACACACAACCACAAGAUGGUGACGUUCAAGUUCGACCUGGACGGGGAUGCGCCUGACGAGAUUGCUACCUACAUGGUGGAGCACGACUUCAUCCUGCAGGCUGAGAGGGAGACAUUCAUCGAGCAGAUGAAGGACGUCAUGGACAAGGCGGAGGACAUGCUCAGUGAGGACACGGAUGUGGACCGUGGCUCUGACCCUGGGGUCAGCCCGCCACACCUCAGCACCUGUGGCCUGGGCGCCAGGGAGGAGAGCCGCCAAUCCCAAGCAAAUGCCCCAGUGUAUCAACAAAAUGUCCUACACACUGGGAAGAGGUGGUUUAUCAUCUGUCCGGUGGCAGAGCACCCAGCAGCAGAAGCCCCCGAAUCUUCACCCCCACUUCCUCUGAGCUCCCUGCAGCCAGAAACCAGCCAAGAUACAGUUCCCUGUAAAGACCAGCUGUCCUCAAAGGAAAAAGCCAGCUUCCCUGCUGGUCCACAGCUUCUGAGCCAAGCGGGCCCCAGGGACCCUUCUGGCAGUGCACCAGCCCCUGUGGUGCCAUCCUCCCCUCCCGUGACUGCCGUGCUCCAAGACACGGCCCCACCAGCGGCCAGUCUGAAGCCAGAGCCAGCGACAGGGGCAGCCAUGCCGGCGGGGGGCCCGGGGACCCCUCAGGGGCUGGCCACUGAGCAUAAGGCCCCGUGGCCACCAGUGGAGACUCAUGACGCCCAGCUUCCUGCACAGCCCCUGGGUGUGGGCCCAGGGCCUCGCACCCCAUCUCUGGAGGUCCCCCUCCACCCCAUGGGUCUGGGGGAGCCGGUGUCAGCCAGAGAGGCCAGCACCCGGGGGGAGCCCCUGUCAGCUUCGGCCGCCGUGUCUGGUGCCCCUGGCGGGGCCCCUCAGCCCACCCUGGGCCAGCCCCCUCCCCCACUCCCCACUGUGGUGGGGGCCAUCAGCCUGGCCGCCCCCCAGCUCCCCAGCCCCCCUCUGGCGCCCUCGGCCUUGGAGUCAGAUGGGGAAGGGCCGCCCCCCAGGGUGGGCUUCGUGGACAGCACCAUCAAGAGCCUGGAUGAGAAGCUGCGAACCCUGCUCUACCAGGAGCACGUGCCCACCUCCUCAGCCUCGGCCGGGACCCCCGUGGAGCCCAGUGACCGAGACUUCACCCUGGAGCCCCCAAGAGGGGACUGGCCCCUCUCAGAGGCCUCUAGGGGGGACCUGGCCCUGCUGCCGCAGCCUGCAUUGGAAAAGUCAGAAACAGCCCUGACAGUGGAGCAGGCCACAUCCUUGCCAGUGACAGCAGAGUCAUCUUUGAGCAACAUGCUGGUCUGUGAGGGAGGACAGGUGGCCUCAGGCUCACCCGCAGUGCCCAGCGCCCUCCAGGAUACCCCUGCUUCUGCCAUCCCUGCACGUCUGGAGCCCGCAGACCGGACCGGCACAGUCCCUGGGGAGACCUUGGCCGAGUCCACCCAGAGCUGCCCAGGGACGUUGACAGAGGGUGGCCAGGCCAGCCACCCCCAGACACACGGCCCUCUGGUCUCGGGGUCCCCCCGGAAGUGGCCAGGGCAGCAGGACGGCAGCUCACCAGCCAAAACUGUGGGCCGGUUCUCAGUGGUCAGCACCCAGGAUGAGUGGACUCUGGCCUCCCCCAGUACCCUGCGGUACUCCGCUCCGCCCGACGUGUACCUGGACCAGGCCCCUCGCAGCCCAGACGUGAAGCUGGCUGUGCGGCGGGCACAGACGGCCUCCUCCAUCGAGGUCGGCAUGGGCGAGCCCGUGUCCAGCGACUCUGGGGACGAGUGCCCGCGUGGGAGGUCCCCGGCGCAGAAGCGUGCCUCCCUCCCUGGCAGUGGCGGUGGUGUGGCUAGUGACUUUGUGAAGAAGGCCACCGCCUUCCUGCACAGGUCCUCUCGGGCUGGCUCCCCAAGCCAGGAGACACCCAGCAGGAUGGGCGUGAAGGUCCCCACCAUCAGCGUGACCUCCUUCCACUCCCAGUCAUCCUACAUCAGCAGUGACAAUGACUCAGAGAUCGAGGAUGCCGACAUCAGGAAGGAGCUGCAGAGUCUGCGAGAGAAGCACCUGAAGGAGAUCUCCGAGCUACAGAGUCAGCAGAAGCAGGAGAUUGAGGCCCUGUACCACCGCCUGGGCAAGCCGCUGCCCCCCAACCUGGGCCUCUUCCACACAGCACCCCCUGUCGGCCGCCGGAGGAAGACCAGCAAGAGCAAGCUGAAGGCGGGGAAGCUGUUGAACCCCCUGGUGCAGCAGCUCAAGGUCGUGGCCUCCAGCACAGGUCACUUGUCAGAGUGCAGCAGAGCCCCUCCUGCUAAGGACCCUGCCCAAGCUGGGGCGGGGCCCACAGCAGCUUCAGACCCAUGUGGGAAGGCAGUUCAGACCCAGCAGCCUUGCUCCAUGCGGGCCUCCCUGUCUGCAGACAUCUGCUCCGGCUUGGCCAGUGACGGAGGCGGAGCGCACGGCCCAGGCUGGACGGUUUACCACCCAACGUCUGAGAGAGUGACCUAUAAGUCUAGUAGCAAACCUCGCGCUCGAUUCCUCAGUGGACCCGUGUCUGUGUCCAUCUGGUCUGCCUUGAAGCGUCUCUGUCUAGGCAAAGAACACAGCAGUCGGUCCUCCACCAGCAGCCUGGUCCCGGGCCCUGAGCCGGGCCCCCAGCCUGCCCUGCACAUCCAGGCGCAGGUAAACAACAGCAACAACAAAAAAGGCACCUUCACGGAUGACCUGCACAAACUGGUGGACGAGUGGACAAGCAAGACGGUGGGGGCCACGCCGCUGAAGCCAUCGCUCAACCAGCUGAAGCAGACGCAGAAGCUGCAUGACAUGGAGGCCGCAGCAGGCCGGCCCCCGGCCCCUGGCGAGGCUCGGGCUAUGAACACACCUCGAACAGCAGUGGGGACGCCAUGCCUGGCCCCGGCGCCCGGUCCUCUACCCACCGCGGUCAUUCCUGGAGCUGCCCCAGCCCUGCCUGUGCCCAUGCCAGGUACUGCUCUCUCCUGCCUCCCAGCCCCGCCCUAUGCACUGCCUUUGGGCCAGUAUGGAAACCUGCUCCCAGCUCCAGUGUCCUGGGGGCCCUGGGCAGCCCAGGCAGGCAGCCGGAGCCCCACUGGGGGGCCAGGCUUGGGUGCAGCAGGCGCACCAGCGCUCCCCGUGUUCUUGCGGCCGCCCACGGUCAGCACGCCCGGCCCCAGGCUGCGGAUCACGUAGCUCUCUGUCCUACCGCUUGCCAGAUGGAACAAGCCUGAAGUGAGCUGCCCGGAGGAGUCGGGUUAUGGUUUGGCCUCCGAGUCUUGCCCUGCCUCCCCGUGGGCGCCCAGCCGGGGCGGGUGGCACAUGGGUGGCAAUCCUUACUUCCCUUAUUGCUACAGACUGUUCCCUCUUCAGUUCCUGUGCUCCAUACUUGCUGUCUUUGCACUCACUUCCUGUACUUGAAUCAAUGGUUAGAACUUCGUAAUCACCCUGCAGAAGUACAGUGCCUUGAAUUCCAGCUUUUCCGUUCCCUGAUGGAAAGAGAUGUUCUUAAAAAAUUAUGUAUCAGAAAAGGUGUACUUUGUUUACAGUUGGCUUGUGUGUUAAUAUCUCUAUUUCCCAUUUUAAGUUGCAGAGAUAUGAAUGGUUUCCAAAUCUGAAGCUAAAGUCUGACCUUUACUUUUGUUGUACAUGCUUUUAAAAAAAAAAUUGAACUAGUGACCUUGAAUAUUGAAGAGUUGCAAAUGCUGUGGGAGUGCUCCUUUGUAUUCAUAAAACAAGGUCUCUCUGGCUGUGUAUGGUCACUGAUAGCAAACAGAUGCAUACAUGCUGUCACCUGCGGCGUCGUGGGCGCUGCCAGCGAGCUGCCCAGGAUGCAUGGUGAUCGGGGCCGUACUUGCUGAUGGUAGCUGGUCUCUUAGUAAGGAAUGUCAGCGUCUGUGUUUGGCUGUAUGCAACCUGCUAGGUAAGCAGACACGCCCUCGUGACCCAAAGCCUGCAGGGCUGCCGUGAGUGUGGGGGGAGGUAAAGAUAAGUGUCCCGUACGGGAGCACAGGCAGGCCACCCGCUCUGCAGACUCAGCACGGCCCCCUCCUGCUCGGGGGCCUGCCGGCCCUCCUACCGGCCUGCCCUCCUUUCCCGUCGUUUGCACUGAGGUCCUGUGGCCAGCUGGGCCUAGCUUUGCCACCUGCUCGCAGGCUGCCCCGCCCACCUCUGGCCCCCAGCCUGGUUCUCCAGGCCCCGAGGCCACCCUGCUGCGGGUGGGAAGGUCCCUCUCCUGGAGAUUUCAGUGGGACUCAUCCACCAAACAGCCCUUGGAGGGAGCUGAAGGCCCCACUCCCCACUGGCCAAGACGUUUCGCGUUUCCCACUGGGAGGCAGCAGGCUGGGCUGCCCAGCUGUGCAUUGUACAGUACUGCUAUACUUUCGGGACUUCACUAGAACUAGCUAAAUUAUUUUGGUUUAAAUAUAUAUUAUUCCAUCAAUUCAGUUAGAAUUGAAUUUUCUGGGUGAUUAUGCAGAAUCUUCUGCCAGGGCACGACGCUAUAGUAAGAGAUUUCUGUCCUCUGUAAUGUGCCCCUCAGCCCUUUGGUUGGGAGUCAUGUAUUCCUGGUUCCUGAGGGUGGUGGAGGCUGCCCUCCCCCGCCCCCCCCCCUUCUGUACCGGACGUGAGGUUUGGGGUCCUGGCCUUGUACGUGAACGGUCAGUGGUACAGAAUCCCCAAGAGUCUGUAUAUAUGGAGAAAAAAUAAAGAUUUUUGCUUGAAAACAGUGUGGAACAACCUCUUUUUCUUACCUUCUGUCCCUGUAAGAGCUGAACCAGCCAGCCUGCAGGGAGGACAGGGGUGGGUAGCGCUGGCAGGCAGCACUGCCCUGUCCUGGGCACAGCUUCAGUCUCAGCCCCAUGCUUGCUGUCACCAGCUUGCCGAGCAGAACAGGGUGGCCACGAGGGGCCUGGGCGCUAAGCAGGAGAUGCUGGCUUCCUGGCAUGUGACUGACACUGAGCCAGCCUGGCUCAGGACGGGAGUGGGCCACUGGGCAGAGCCCCCCUGCCAGCUCUGCUGGCUCCGGGCCUAGGCCGGCCUGUUCACUUGGCUUUCAAAUUCUGAACUUGACCUGUAUUUAGAUGUGCAAUGGGCUCUGCCCCAUGGAGUGUGUGAGUCUCGUGGCCAACUCAACACUGUCUCUGACCCUUGUCCAUGUUGGCUGUCUCACAGA